UUCCAAAUUGAAUAUUGUUUCCCCUGAUAUUAAACAUUUUCCAUUGCGAUGGAAACCGUUGGUGUGAAAAGAAGACCGCAACAUCUACAAUUUUUUUAUUCCAUGCUUCUUCUACAGACCAGCUGGGUAGGGAUAUUUAAAUUAGGUCAACGCGGAGUUAAUUUCUCUCGAGAAGAAAAAGGUUGCCAUGGCUCACUUCAAAUCUCAUCCCUCAUACACCUGCAACCUCUUCACAUGGCCAACCAUACUUCAGCCUCAGAUCACGAUUCACAUCCAAACACACGCCUCUACAAUCCCUACCAAGACUAUGAUAUCCCAAUCAAUACUCGACAUCUUUUCAACCUCCCCACAUCACCGGACUUCCUCUUUCACGAGGAAGCUAUCCGUAAACGCCGGCCUUGGGGCGAGGAUUUCGUUUUCUACACCGGUUCUGCUUACCUCGCCGGAUCUUUCGCCGGCCACGCCGCUGGAUUCAUCUCCGCCAUCAAGAAUUUUGAGCAAGGCGACACACUAAAGCUCCGAAUCAACAGUAUAUUGAACUACUCAGAACAAUCAGGACGGCUGUGGGGAGGCCGGAUCGGAAUGAUCGGAAUGAUCUACGCGGGGUUCAAUGCUUGUGCCGUCGCUGCGACGGAUAAGGACGGUGUAUGGACCAGCGUGGCUGCGGGACUCGGCACGGGCGCGUUUUAUUGGUCGCCGAGAGGGCUGAGAUCAGCGGCGGUGGCCGGAGCGCUCGGAGGGAUCAUGGCGGGCGCGAUGGUGGGAGGGAAGGAGGCUCUGGCGGGAUACCUUCCGAUUUGAAGUCUAGAGAAAGAGAGAGUGAGUUAAUUUGAAUUUUUCUCAGAGGGAAAAUGAUUAGCUCUGGUGUGAUUUGUGGUCUAUAUAUGCUUGAAUAUUUCAACCAAUAUUUAUGGCAUUCAAUUAAUUUACAGCAA